UCAAUAUCGUCUCCUUUGCACUUAAUCACUUGUUGUGAUCAAUUCUGCUUGUCCAUUCAGAACAUGUAAAUUAGAAUGUAAAUUACCAUUCACCGUUCAUCCGGGCAACUAAAAUUUGUACCUUUCAGGUUAUAUUUUGAAUUUGGAAUAUUUCAGCUGUUUGCAACUUGCAGCUGGAUCACUACACUUUUAGACGAAGAACACUUGCCAUAAACUCUGUUCUAAGCUCUCUUCAGUAAAUCACCAGCAUGAAUUACUCCAUUGCCGUUGUGGUGGCUUUAAUGUUUUUCUCUUUCCCAGGGGUCUCGGGGAUAACUUGCAAGUUUUGCAUACCAGAUGAGAAGAUUCCGAAAACGUGCGAUAAAGUGUCCGAACAGGUAGAAGUAAACUGUGACACUCAGCCUCCACCAGAGAAUCUGACUCAUCUAUGGGAAAACCGGACGUAUGAUACAUGCUAUACAGCCCAGAUUGAAGCACUCGCCUUGGGAGCAACCAUCAAAACUUUUGUAUAUGGCUGUGGUGUCAAGGUGAAUUCCACCAGUGCCUCGGCUGUGAACUGCUCACUUACUCAACAAUACGUUUGUUCAGACGCUAAAGCAAAGGCAGCGAAAUUAGCGCAGAUCAAAUCCUGCACCGUAGAGUGCUGCGACACGGAAGCAUGUAAUACUCUUCCCACCACCACCCCUCCCACAACUACGGCCACACCCACAACUACGGCCACACCCACAACUACGGCCACACCCACAACUACAGGCGGCACAGGCCAAGUACGAUCGUCCCGAUUUGGGUUACUUUCCGUGUUUCUUAUCUUCCUUAUGGAAAGUCUCUGUUAAUCUAACUGUUUCUCUAAACUCAUCAAUUGAUAGUUUUAAAGUGUGAGUGUUACUCCAUAGUUCUAUAGCACAAACAAUAUAUAAGUGUUCGGCUAAAAAGUCCUGGAAUAUAUUUCAAUUUUAUUAUGUGAUCUUGCUGUUAUGAACUGUUUAUUAGAAAGCAACAACUCAAAACUCUGAUAUUAUAGACAGCUUUCAAGAUCUGUUAUACGACACCACCAUGUCUUACAGGCGGUGACUGCCUUAGGACAAACUAUUCCACGAAAUAAGUAUGGGCGUAUGCUAAGUUCGUUUCGUUGUUUGUUUUCUCUUUUGCUUCCUAGAAUUGACUGAUGAAUUGAUCGAUCGAUCAAUUGAUUAAUUGAUUGAUUAACUGAUUAUCAGGUAAUUGAUUAACUGUUUGAUCAAUUGAUUGAUUGAUUAAUCGAUCGAUCGAUUGAUUGAUGGACUCGCUUAUUAAUUAAUUGAUGGAUGGUGGAUGGAUAUGUUCUUAAACAAAGACCUAUUUCACUGUAAGUCGUAUUGUAUCUUUUAAUUUUAGAUACAUUAUGACAAAAAGAUAAAACAUAGUAUAACGAUAAGUAUACUAGGUAGCUGAAAAAAUAAACUUGCACUUAUUGUAGCGACA